GUAGUGUAGUACUGCGGCCGUGUGUACAUUCUGGCUUGAUUUCCUGUAAUUGUUGCCACCCUUUACCGUUGACCUGGCGAACAACCAUAACAAAAGCACCAUGCCUGCUCUGUUGGAGAGACCCAAACUCAGCAAGGCUAUGGCUGCAGCCCUCCGGGUGCAUGUCGUCAAAGAGAGGGACAGAAAACGCCAAGAGGAAGAAGAAGCAGACAAGGCGAUAGAAAGAAAGAAACAAGAACAGGAGAGAUUAAGGAAGAAACAAGAAGCUGAGACAUUGUCAUUGGAAGAAACAAAGGAACAGGUGAAGAAUUUGGAGGAGAAAUUGAAAACACUCCAUCAAGAGAAGCACGAGCUCUUUGGACAACUCAAGAAAGUAUUGAAUGAAGAUGAAAAUAGGAGAAGACAACAAGAAAGCAAGAAGAAUGAAAUGCUUGUAGCUAGCAUGAGUCAAUCUUAUCAUCCUGCCAUGCAGCUACCAGGCCCUCACAUGCUUGUCCAGAGUGGAAGUUUAGCAAGACCAACUUUGUUAGGAGAUGGACCCAAAGGUCAUUACUAUCGAGGAACUCAAACCCCACCUUCACAAUCUGUUCAGCAGAAUGUGAAGCGAUCGAGAAGUCCAUCGCCUCCUGUGGUUGACCUGUAUCCCAAACACCACAUUCAAGGCAGUCAUUAUCCUCCGCAUGCUGCUUAUACACAGAGCCAAGUCAGUCAUGCCCACAGCCCAUACAGACAACAAGGCCACAUAGCGUACACAACAGCUCAGGCUCCCUCAUCAGCCUUCAUCAACCAAUCAGCAAGCGGCUUUCCUCCGACGCAGCAACCGGUCCAUGCCAACUACGCGUCCAGCAGCCAACCGAACCCUAGCAAAUACCAGGCGAGGGAGUCGGCAUUUAGUUCCUAUGGCAACCACUUUGCGACGGCGCAGAAAGGCAUCGGAGAGCAGUUCUCUCAGUCGUACCAGCAGCAGCAACAACAACAGCAACAGCAGCAACAACAGCAGCAGCAGCAGCAGCAAAGAUAUCUGCAAGGUGCCCCUUCAUCCAGCCUGCAUUCUGCCUCCCACCAUGGAGUGGAACCAUCCAGGAAAGCCAGUAGUGAAGGUGAUGACCAAGGCUAUUAUCAGGCCAAACUCCAAGGCCAGCAGCACAUUCGUCAGUUGAAUUCUGGUCACGCUCAAGCCAUUCAUCAUCAAGGGAGUCAUCAACCUCUCCUGACACAAGGUCAAGUUCAAGGUCACAUGCAACCUGCACAAACUAAGUCGAGUAUCCCAACAUCCUUUGCUGCUCAUGGACGAAGGAAGCCAGAGUCUCCUGUGUAUCAUAAGAAACCAAGCCAACAACAUGGGACCAACUACCCACCAGGACAAGGAAGUGGAAGGUCAGGUUAUGGAUCUUCUCAAGGGCAACACCAAGGUCCUGGAAGAUACUAUCAAGGACAUUAGUCACAUUCUCUCACUUCAA